AUGGCAUAUUGCAAAAUCAAGAUCACCGGGAAUGUCUACUAUCAGUUUGAUGAAGAGAAGCAAGUAUACAGCCUCAUAUUUCCUCCGGGACUCAACGGUAUCCGGCAUAAUGUUUGGUUCUGUACAUCCAGCGGUAUAGAUUUCCAAAAAUUGUCUCGGAGAAAACUCAACUUCACAGAGAAAGAUCUCCUUGGUUUCGUUGGCCCUGACAUAAUGCUUGAAUAUAUCACAACGACCAUGAACUGUUACAGAACAAAGUGGGACCUAGAAACUUGGAAAAAUGGGAUGCAUAAUGUCAUACAACUAUUGAGGGCUGACACGGAAAUAAAUUUUAGGGAAGACGUAAAAUACGAAGAUGAAGAACACAAGAUAGUCAAAUGGGAGGAGCACAAAUAUAGCGCAAAGGUGUACGAAAUUUUGAAAAAGCUCGCUCCCGAAUGGGACAAUACUAGGCCACUAUAUGUCCCAAAGAUUAGGGCAGCUAGUCCUGGACUUAGCAAUGAGAAUCCCAAAGAAGGAGCCACUGUUGUAGAAAUACCUUCUACUUAUCACGACUGCCCUCCUUUGGAAGAAACUUCAUCAUCCAAAAAAGCCACAGGCUCUCAACAAAAGAAAGAUAGGAAGCCAAAAACACCAUCUAAAUCACGACCUUUCCCCCCCAAAACAGAGUUAGCACAUCGACAUAGAGACGGAAAUCCCAGCAGUAAAUCCGAUAACAUCAAAGAUGUGAAAUCUAGUGUCCCUUCAUCUUCAACUAGAAAGCCACCGGCUGCUCAGCCCAAGCCCAUUCUAUCUUCAACUAGGGAGCCACCGCAAACACGUGGCGGAUCUGGUAACUCCGCUAACUCUGCUUCGAAUCCUCAGAAGACUGAAAACGGAAGGUCCCAUCGAACUCCACAUCACGGAAAACAUAGCCAUUCUGGUGAAACUGCUAGAAAAGCGGGAGCUAGGACUUCAAAGACCGAAAAGGGAUAA